GAAAGGCCUUCGACAUCACCUACGUGCGCCUGAAGUUCCACACCAGCCGACCGGAGAGCUUCUCCAUCUACAGGCGCAGCAGCGAGGAUGGACCCUGGCUCCCGUACCAGUUCUACAGCGGCUCCUGUGAGAAGACCUACCAGAAGUUGAACCGCGGCUUCAUCCGGACCAGAGACGACGAGCAGCAGGCGCUCUGCACCGACGACUUCAGCGACAUCUCGCCGCUCACCGGAGGAAACGUGGCCUUCUCCACGCUGGAGGGGCGCCCGAGCGCCUAUAACUUUGACCACAGCCCGGUCCUCCAGGACUGGGUGACGGCCACAGACAUCAGAGUGACCCUGAACAGGCUCAACACGUUCGGAGACGAGGUGUUCAACGACCCCAAGGUCCUCAAGUCCUACUACUACGCCAUCUCUGACUUCGCUGUGGGAGGAAGGUGUAAGUGUAACGGCCACGCCAGCGAGUGUGUGAAGAGCAGCAGCGGACGGCUGGUGUGUAACUGUAAACACAACACGGAGGGCGUCGACUGUAACGUGUGCAAACCGUUCUACAACGACCGGCCCUGGAGGAGAGCUACGGCCGACAACGCCAACGAGUGUCUGCCCUGCGACUGUAACGGGAAGAGCUCCGAGUGUUACUUCGACGCCGAGCUGUACCGGGCCUCGGGUCACGGAGGUCACUGCAGGAACUGCGCCGACAACACGGACGGGCCCAACUGUGAGCGCUGCCUGGACUUCUACUACAGAGAGCAGAGCGGCAGCCGCUGCCUGCCCUGCAGCUGCAACUCCGUCGGUUCUGAUUCUCCACAGUGUGACAGCAGAGGAGUGUGUGCAUGUAAACCAGGAGUGACCGGAGAGAAGUGUGACCGCUGCCAGCCAGGAUACCACAGUCUGACUGAGGCCGGCUGCAGGCCGUGCGCCUGCUCGCCUUCAGGCAGCACUCAGGAGUGCGACGUCAACACGGGUCAGUGUCGCUGCAAAGACAACGUUGAGGGCUUCAGCUGCGACAGGUGUAAACUAGGCUUCUUCAACCUGGACCCCAACAACCCUCAGGGCUGCCUGCCCUGUUUCUGCUUCCAGCACUCGUCGGUGUGCGGCAGCGCCGAGGGUUACAGUGUCCACACCAUCAGCUCCUCCUUCCAGAGAGAUGACGAGCAGUGGCGCGGUCAGCGGAGAGACGGCUCCAGCGUCUCCGUCCGGUGGUCUCCCAGUGGACAGGAAGUGUCUCUCGUUUCUGAUGACUACUUUCCCAUUUACUUCAUCGCUCCAGGGAAGUUUUUGAGGAACCAGAUGUUGAGUUACGGACAGAACCUGAGCUUGAACUUCCGGGUGGAGCGGCGGGACAUCCGCCUGUCAGCCGAGGACCUGAUCCUGGAGGGGGCGGACCUGCGUGUGUCCGUCCCCCUCAUCGCCCAGGGCAACGGCUACCCCAACGACAACAUGCAGACCUACGUGUUCAGGCUGCAUGACACUCAGGACAACACCUGGAGGCCUCGGAUCGGACACUUUGACUUCCAGAAACUUCUCCACAAUCUGACGGCCAUCAAGAUCCGCGGCACCUACAGCGAGAGGAGUGCUGGUUACCUGGACGACGUCUCCUUGGUGACAGCGAGGCGGGGCCCAGGUGUUCCGGCCCAGUGGGUGGAGCAGUGCACGUGUCCUCAGGGUUACCAGGGUCAGCACUGUGAGCAGUGCACCAUGGGAUACCGCCGUGCUCGGCCUCAGCUUGGCGCCUUCAGCUCCUGUGAGCCGUGCAACUGCCAUGAACACAGCGAUGCCUGCCACCCCGAAACAGGAGCGUGUGACUGUCAGGACAACACCGGAGGUUUGAGCUGCGAGCGUUGUAAGGACGGUUUCUACGGCGACGCCACUCAGGGGACACCCAACGACUGUCAGCCGUGUCCCUGCCCGCCGGGGGCCACCUGUGCUGUCGUCCCCAAAACCAGAGAGGUGGUCUGCACCAACUGUCCCACUGGAACCACAGGUAAGCGCUGUGAGCUCUGCGACGACGGGUUCUUUGGGGAUCCUCUGGGUCAAAACGGGCCGGUCCGAGCCUGCCGGGCCUGCCAGUGCAGCAACAACAUCGACCCCAAUGCAGUCGGUAACUGCAACCGCGAGACCGGAGAGUGCCUGAAGUGCAUCUACAACACCGCCGGCUUCUUCUGUGACCACUGCAAGGAUGGUUUCUACGGCAACGCCCUGACCUCUGACCCAACCGACAAGUGCAAACCCUGCUCCUGCUCCCCGCUGGGCACCGUGAAUCAGCAGACCAGCUGCUCUCAGGUCACCGGUCAGUGUCAGUGUCUCUCCAAUGUGAUCGAGCGGGACUGCAGCGCCUGCCAGGCUGGAUUCUUCAACCUGCAGAGCGGCGACGGCUGCGAACGGUGUAACUGUAACUCCAUCGGCUCCACCAGCGGCCUGUGUGACAUCGUCUCGGGUCAGUGCGAGUGUCAGCCUGGCGUCACGGGCCAGCACUGCGAACGCUGUGAGGUCAACUUUUUCGGCUUCAGCCCGUCGGGAUGCAAACCCUGUGACUGUGACCCUGAAGGUUCCUUGUUGGGUCAGUGUAAGGAGGACGGUCGCUGCGAGUGCCGACCCGGAUUUGUGGGAGCUCGAUGCGACAUGUGUGAGGAGAACUACUUCUACAACCGUUCAGUGCCGGGCUGCCAGCAGUGUCCUUCCUGCUAUAGUCUGGUCCGAGACAAGGUGAACCAGCAGAGACAGAAGCUCCAAGAACUCCAGACUCUGAUCGAUAACCUCGGCUCGGGUCACGACAUGGUCAGCGAUAAGGCCUUCGAGGAUCGGCUGAAGGAGGCAGAGAAGGCCAUCAUGGAGCUGCUGGAGGAGGCUCAGACCAGCAAAGAUCUGGACCGAGGCCUGCUGAACCGUCUGAACGCCAUCAACAACACGCUGACCACCCAGUGGAACCGCCUGCAGAGCAUCCGCAGCACCGUGGACCACACCGGCACCCAGGCCGACCGGGCUCGAGACCGGGUCCGGGACGCCGAGAACCUGAUCGAUCGUGCACGGCAGGAGCUGGACAAGGCCAAGGAGGCCGUUGGCAAAGUGGACAUCAAACCACCCAGUGGCACCGGAGAGCCCAACAACAUGACUCUGCUGGCUCUGGAGGCACGCCAUCUCGCCGACAAACACAAGAUGGACGCCGACCAGAUUGAGAAGAUCGCCAAAGAUGCCAACGACACAUCGAGCAGAGCGUACGAGCUGCUGCUGAAGACCCUGGAGGGCGAGAGCCGGACUAGUGAACACAUCGACGAGCUCAACAGGAAGUACGAUGACACAAAGAACCUCGCCAAGCACUUGGAGAAGCAGGCCAACCUGAUCCAGGCCGAGGCGGAGGAGGCCGGAGACCAGGCUCUGAAGAUCUUCGCCAACCUGACCAGCCUCCCGCCGUUUGACGCUGCGCCGCUGGAGGAGGAAGCCAACAAGAUCAAGAAGGAGGCGUCGGACCUCGACAAGCUGAUUGACAAGACUGAGAAGGAGUACAACGAGUUGCGAGACGACCUGAGGCCCAAAGAGCUGGAGGUCCGAAAGCUGCUGGAGAAGGGGAAGAGCGAGCAGCAGACCGCCGACCAGCUGCUGGCCCGAGCCGACGCCGCCAAAGCUGUGGCUGAGGAGGCGGCCAAGAAAGGCCGGUCCACCUUCAGGGAGGCCGAAAACAUCCGGGACGACCUCCGAGACUUCGACCGGAGGGUCAACGACAACAAGACGGCUGCGGAGGACGCCAUGAAGAAGAUCCCCUCCAUCAACGCCACCAUCAUGGCCGCCAACGAGAAGACGCGGCAGGCCGAGGCGUCGCUCGGGAACGCAGCCGCCGACGCUCGAGAGGCCAAGACCAAGGCGGAGGAGGCCGAGAGGAUCGCCAGCAACGUGCAGAAGGGCUCGGCCAAGACCAAAGAGGAGGCGGAGACGGCGCUGCAGGACGCCAACAGGCUGGAUGGGGAGGUGGACGCCAUGAUGGAGCAGCUGAGCGCCGCCGAGCAGGAGCUGAGGAGGAAGAAGGAAGAGGCGGACAACGACAUGAUGAUGGCGGCCAUGGCGUCGGACAGCGCCAAGGAGGCGGAGGACAAUGCCCGUAAGGCCAAGAGCACGGUGAAGACGGUCCUGAAGCUCAUCUCCACCCUGAUGGAGCAGCUGGGAAACAUUGACAAGGUGGACCUGAGCAAGCUGAACCAGAUCGACGAGUCCCUGAAGAGGGCCAAGGACAAGAUGAACGACAGCGAGCUGGACAGGAAGCUGGUGGAGCUGAACGACGUGGCGCGCUCUCAGGAGGACAUGAUCAACGACUACGACCGGCAGAUCCGCGAGAUCCGAGCGGACAUCGCCAAUCUCAACGACAUCAAGAACACGUUACCCGAAGGCUGCUUCAACACGCCGUCGCUGGAGCAGCCUUAGCCCCGCCCGCCUUCCCCGCCCACUCAGCCACUCCCCCCUAACGCUCGGGCGGGCGAUUUUUACCAAAACACUUCCUUAUGUUCUCAGAUUCUUUGCCAACGUUUCCGCCUCAACAGGAAGCAGCUGCUCGUCUUCCUGGCGUGGUUCAGAAGAACAGACUCGGUGGGACGGCGCCGCGCACAGAGUUGGAAGAACCCGGGACAGAACCAGAACCAGAACCACAAACCCGACGUGACUGCAGCCACACAGGAAAUCAGCUUCAGUUCUUCUCCUCAGAUCUGGUGAAGGCACCUCGGCUCCUCCCCCAGCGGCGAUACGGCUCCUCCUCCUCUGCGUCUCGGUGACGGUCACAAAUGACACGCUCGUCCUCAGAACCCCACCUUCAGAUCGGGAUCGGGUUUUUCUUCUUCUCUGCUCCACAAACGUUCUGACUGAAGCUCCAACGUUCAUGGAGCAGAGAAGAAGAAUCUGGGCCUCCUUUGGGAACAGGAAGUGAUGUAACAGGAAGUAACAGCUUUCCACCACAGGCUGCAGCUCGACUUCACAGUCAAGAGUUUUUUCUAUAACUCUAGUUUUUAGUUUAACUCCUCGGCUGAGGAGAACCAGGAGUCCAGAACCCGGUUCAGAACCGCUCUGAGCUCAGACUUUCUGAAUAUGUCUAUAAAAUAAAGUUUUGCUAAUUCAGUUUCAAAAGUCUUGAUCCAGUUCCAGUUCCUCCGGUCUUCAUGUUCUCCAACAGAUCCAGACUUCCCUUUGAAAUGAUUCUGGUCCAACGUCCUCCGGACUUCCUAAGGGUCUUUAGGAGGUUUUCUCAGAAAAUCAGCUGCUCCGUUCUUUUAAAACCACUUUAACAGAUGACAGAGGAGUCUGCUGUUUCAACAGAACCAGGACUCCUGCACCAAGAGCUCUGGACCAGGAGUUCUGGACCAGUUCUGUGGGCCAUUCAGGGUCAAAGAUGAAGCAGACGAGUCGAGCUUCAGUCUGGUGGAAAACUAGUUUUAAGUUGGACCCUGGUCUGUGAGCAGGCCCAGGACCUGGUCUGUUAGCAGAGCCAGGACCUAGUCUCUUCGUGUUCCUAAAGGUCUAGAUCUGUCGUGUGGCUCCACAGGGACCUGGUGGAGGUCUGGACCCGUCCCGGCACUGAUCCCUCUGCGUUACUCGAUACACUGGUGCUAAGAGCCACGACUGAUGUCGUUUUCGUGUGAAAGUUUUUUUAUUCUCGACUCUUAGUGUAAAUAUUCAGGACCGGCUGCUGAUCCAACGAUGAGCCGAGAGCUCCGGGUCCAACAGAACCCUCCACGCUAACGUCUGCGCUAUCUUAUUGUUAUUAUAAUUAUUAUAAUUGUUGUUGUUGAUGUUGUUGUUGUUGUUGUUGUAAACACGGCUCACUUUGUGUUGUUUUGAUUCUGUGUGGGUUUCAAUGGUUUGUCCCUCCUCCGGGCCGUCGGGACUUACUGGACCGGGUCCAAACAGAACUCCUGCUGGAGCUGCUCGGCCCGCGGGCCUGGAAACCCAAAGCUAACAUUUCAAUAAUAAAAGAACAGUACUCCAGGA